CCCGCCAUCAUCAUUUAACACAGGAGGCAGACAUGAGACAGUCGGAGCAGAAAUGUGUUUCAGCCUCACAUUCAGUGUUCGGCUGCACGUGGGUAAGCCUCAGCGAACAGAUCCGAUGUCAACCUGUUAAACGCUGGGAUCUUUACCAAGGAGUUUGUCCAUGCGAAGCCUAGCCUUCCUUCUGCUCCCGUGUGGCGUCGCGGUCGUGGUGCACUUGUGGUUGGUAACAAAUCGAGCUACCAUCCCGUUGGAUCCCAAAGAUACUGAUGAGUUGCCGGCCUAUGAAGUUCUGGUGGGAGUGUUGUCCGCUCGACACCAUCAUGACCUCAGACAGGCGAUAAGAGGCACGUGGGGGGGCUACGUCAGAGAUCACCCUCGGCUCCAGCAUCGGGUGGGGUUGAAGUUCAUCAUAGGUGAACAUGGAUGUCCCAUUCCGGAGGAAGACAGGGAGGACCCCUACUCGUGUUCCCUGCUGAAUCUCUCUCGCCCAGUGGCAGGGCUGGAGGUGGAGGUGGUGGGUGUGUCGGACCCCUCACUGCUGGCACCAGCUGGGGUGUCUGCUGUGACCCUGGACUUCAAGGUGCUCCACCCUGUGGUGAUCACCAGGCUGGGGGUGUUUCCUGGUGGACCCGACCAGGAGAUCCAGGGCAACAUGACGGUGAAGCUGCUGCAGCUGGACCAGGAGGAGGCCGUGGUGACAGCGCGCUUCAGUGGAGUUGGAAGUGGGAUGAUGGUGAAAGGGGUGUGGUAUAAACCCGUGGAGCAGUUCAUCCUACCCAAGGGCUUUGAGGGGACGUUGGUCUGGGAGAGUCUGGACUCAGCUGGCCUGACCACCAUCAACGCCUCCAAGGUCACGCUCAACAAUGGAGGAGGGGUCCUGAAGUUCUCCUCUAUUGCAGAGGGAAUCUUGCCUCACAGAAGUGCGCUUGGCUUCCCUGGCUUGGCUGGAGGGUUUACAUUCACGAUCUAUGACGCGCAGGGCCUGUGUGAGCAGCUGGAGGGGAGAGCAGGGAGGCUGGAGAGGCAAGGCUCCCGGCUGAGACAGGAGGACGCGUCCCUGAAGCAGGAGAGUCUCCAGCACGGGGACGUGGUGUUUGUUGACGUGGUGGAUACCUACAGGAACGUGCCGUCCAAACUUCUGCAGUUCUACAAGUGGUCCGUGGGAAAUGCUGACUUUAAUCUGCUCCUGAAGACAGAUGAUGAUUGUUAUAUCGAUGUGGACACAGUAUUAAUGAAGAUUGACCACAAGGGCUUGAAGAGGAGCAAUUUUUGGUGGGGGAAUUUCAGGCAGAGUUGGGCGGUGGACCGCAUUGGGAAGUGGCAGGAACUGGAGUACCCCAGUCCAGCGUACCCUGCGUUCGCCUGUGGGUCCGGGUACGUGGUUUCCCAGGACCUGGUCCACUGGCUGGCAAGCAACGCAGAGAAACUCAAAGCGUACCAGGGGGAAGAUGUGAGCAUGGGGAUCUGGAUGGCAGCUGUCGGCCCACAGAAACACCAGGACGCUGGCUGGCUGUGUGAGAAGGAGUGCUAUGUGGACAUGCUGUCGUCCCCACAGCACACGGCGGAGGAGCUACGUGACCUCUGGGGCAGGAAGCAGGCCUGUGGUGACCCCUGCAGCUGUCCCUGGGGUCACCUCUGACCUCUGGGGCAGGAAGCAGGUCUGUGGUGACCCCUGCAGCUGUCCCUGGGGUCACCUCUGACCUCUGGGGCAGGAAGCAGGCCUGUGGUGACCCCUGCAGCUGUCCCUGGGGUCACCUCUGACUCUGGGGUCAUCGCUGACCCCGCUCUCCCUCAGUCCACCCCACACAGAGACCACACUCCGGCUGCUACCCACACCUGAACCACUAGACACUUGGCAACUGUUUUUGGAGGUGCUUGAAGAAUUGUGAUUGGGUUUUUUGUAGUGUUUAUGGAGCAAUGUCAUCCAAGCUUUGCCUGUGAGCAGAGAGGGCGGUGUCGGUAUGGGCUGGUGCAGAUGCUGAAACGGGAAGCAUGGUAAUGGCUUCCAUGCAGCAGCUACUGAAGAGGUCGGUGUUUUGAGGUUUCUGGUUGUGACGCUGACACUUGUAGUUGCUUUUAUUUGUAAAUUAUUCUCUUGACUACGACAGUCUUCACAGUAUUUGUAGAAUACAAAUCUGAUCUAACACAAAGUUUGUGACAAAGCACUAACAACUUUCAUUGUGAAAAUAGUGUGGCCUUAAUGUAUUGUUAGAAUACCAAAUGUAAACAUCUGUGAUAUAAUGGAAGGUUUUUGGAGAAUGAUGAAUUUAUUUAGAAUAUUUAAAUGAAAGUUAAAUUGUGCAGAACAUCAGGAGAUUUGGACAGGAUUUGAAAUAAGUGCUGGUAGCACUUAUUUUAUGAAACACACCCAAGGUUUGUAAAUAAAGAUACCAUCUAGAAACAAAAGGC